UUGAGGAAACCAGAGAUUGAUCUCUGACACCUAACAAAUUCCAAAUCCCGCUGUUCUCUUUCCUGAAAUUUCAUCACUGUCUUCCUGCGCUGUGGUUCUCAAGCUCCAACUCCAUGUGCUGCUCAAUAUGCGCAGCUCAGGUUUUAUUCUAUGCGAACAACGAAAAGAUAAGAAUGGGAAGAUACAGUAAUCCAAAAUAUAUGAUUUAAUUAUGGAGAUGGAGCCUCUGGGCAUGGGAAGUGAAGUGAUUGAAUUCGAUAUGAUGGGUCUGGGAGACAUUGAGCAUGCCGUCGAGGAUGACAACCUGCUUGAUGAUUCCAGUGCUGCUAUUGUUGCUAAUGCUGCUAAUAGUUGCGAUUCCCAAUUAAUUGUCAGUAGUGGCUCCCAAAUUUACAGUCCUGUAGGCGAUACCAAUCUUGAACCCUGCGAGGGUAUGGAAUUUGAAUCCGAAGAGGCCGCUAAGGCCUUCUAUAACUCCUAUGCUCGCCGGGUCGGUUUCAGCACCCGGGUCAGCAUGUCCCGCCGUUCCAGGCGCGACGGUGCCAUCAUUCAGAGAUCCUUUGUCUGUGCCAAGGAGGGUUUUCGGGUUGACAAGGACAAACCGCGUCCUCAUGGCAGGGUCAAGCGUCCUAGAGCUGAGACCCGUGUUGGUUGCAAAGCGAUGGUCGUUGUUAAAAUUCAAGAUUCUGGAAGGUGGGUUGUAUCCGCCUUUGUCAAGGAACAUAAUCAUGAACUCGUCCCUCCAGAUAAGGUGCAUUGCCUUCGUUCCCACCGCCAUGUCUCUGGGGCUGCCAAGUCUUUGAUAGAUACAUUGCAAGGUGCUGGCAUUGGGCCUAGUGGUAUCAUGUCUGCUCUCAUCAAGGAGUAUGGAGGGAUUAAAAAUGUUGGUUUCACUGAGCGUGACUGCAGGAACUACAUGAGGAGCAGUCGCCAAAGGACCCUUGGUGGUGACCCCCAAAUCCUUUUAGACUACUUGAGAAGCAAGCAAGCAGAAAAUCCUUCCUUCUUCUACGCUGUGCAAGGCGAUGAAGAUCAGUGCAUGAGCAAUAUAUUCUGGGCCGACCCCAAGGCAAGAACUAACUAUACCUACUUUGGUGACACUGUUACAUUUGACACUACUUAUAGGUCAAACAGAUAUCGGUUGCCCUUUGCACCUUUUACUGGAGUUAACAAUCAUGGACAGCCUGUUUUGUUUGGCUGUGCCCUCUUAAUCAAUGAAUCUGAGGCAUCAUUUAUUUGGCUGUUUCAAACAUGGCUUGAAGCAAUGGCUGGGCGGUUGCCUGUCUCUAUCACUACUGAUCAUGAUCGUUUAAUUCGUUUGGCUGUUACUCAGGUUUUUCCUAAGACGCGUCACCGCUUUUGCAAGUGGCAUAUAUUUAAAGAAUGCCAAGAGAAGCUGUCCCAUAGUCUUUCUGAACAUCCUGCUUUUGAAGCAGAGUUCCACAAGUGCAUCAACCUGACAGAAUCCAUUGAGGAGUUUGAGUCUUGUUGGUUAGCUAUGACUGAUAGAUACAAUCUUGGACAACAUGAAUGGCUGCAAGCCAUUUAUGCCGAUCGGCGACAAUGGGUCCCAGUUUUUUUGAGGGACACGUUCUUUGCAGAAAUGUCUAUAACACAAAGGAGUGACAGCAUGAAUUCCUAUUUUGAUGGGUAUGUAAAUGCAUCCACAACUCUUCAGCUGUUUGUUAAGCAGUAUGAGAAGGCCCUGGAAAGCCGUCAUGAAAAAGAAGUCAAGGCAGAUUAUGACACAAUAAACACUGCCCCAGCUCUAAAGACUCCAUCACCAAUGGAAAAACAGUCAGCUGAGCUUUAUACGAGAAAACUAUUUAUGAAAUUUCAAGAGGAGUUGGUGGAGACAUUAACUUAUUUAGCAACAAAAAUUGAAGACAAGGAGGCAACCCCCACGUAUCAUGUUGCUAAGUUUGGAGAAAAUCAUAAAGCUUACCUUGUUAAUUUUAAUGUUCAUGAGAUGAAAGUGUAUUGUAGCUGCCAGAUGUUUGAGUUCUCUGGCCUUCUUUGUCGACAUAUAUUGACAGUUUUUAGGGUAACCAAUGUUCUUACUCUACCAUCUCGGUAUGUUUUGAAACGAUGGACAAGAAAUGCCAGGAGUGGGGUCAUUUUGGAAGAUUGUGGCAAUGGUUUGUUCAAUAGUACACGAGAAUCUCCUGCCGUUCGAUAUAAUAAUCUCAGACAUGAAGCCCUUAAGUAUGUUGAUGAAGGGGUUAAAUCUCCAGAGAUUUACAAUGUGGCAAUGAGUGCUUUGGAGGAGGCUGGCAAUAAAGUUGCUUUUGUGAAAAAGAAUUGUUUGAAAGCUUCUUCUGAAAACAAAUGUGAAAAAGAACUUCAUCUGCUUCAAGGACAUCAAACUAGUAUUUCAUUUGGGGAUCAAUGGGGCUUAGAUCAACCUAUCUCUAUGGAUGACCAAGAUAGGAAAAUCCAGAAACUGUCACGUCAACUUGAGCGGGCACGAAGGAAAUGUGAGGUAUACCGAGCCAACUUGCUUUCAGUUCUGAAGGAUAUUGAGGAGCAGAAAUUGCAGCUGUCUGUGAAAGUUCAAAACAUCAAGUUAGGGAUGAAAGACUGAGAUAUGGCUUGUACUUUUGGUACUCAUUCUCUCAGCUAUCCAAUAUUGGGGUUCACCAGUUGUUAAUUAUAAAGAAACUGAGUAAUAACACAUAUGUCGGUUAUCACAGUUGAUAGUCAGCAUCAUUCAUUUCCUUUUCAAUAUUUUUCUACAAGUGUUCAUGAUUUUUUUUUUCCCAGAGGAUCUGCAGUCGAAAGGGGCCAGACAAAAGCAGCUUAAAUCUUUGCAGUUUGAUUUAGUAGUCCUGGUUCCUGUCAUCACAUCCCUAAUAUAUCCAGGCCAAAAAUAGCAUUUACAUAUCA